CUUGAGCUUUUAUCGGCCAGAAUCGAUCGAAGAUAUCGCCGUAAAAUUAUUAUGAAUUACAUUAGCUAAUGCCUACACCUACCCUAAACCUGUUCUUAAAAUAAAUAAAUUAAAGUAAUUAUUGUUCUCCCGAGACGAAAAUUCUGCGGUGUUGAAGUGCGCAUGCCCAGUGGAGGUACCCGUAUCCCUUCUAACUGAAACCGCGAUUAACACGUUUUAUUUCUUUCUGUUGCGAGUUAAACAAACAUACAGAUAUCAUACAGAUAUGUCUGUGGAUUGGUUUGGUUAUGGUUAUGCAGUUCUCAUAACGAUAGGAGGGAUUAUCGGUUAUGUUAAAGCAGGUAGUGUCAUGUCUUUGACUGCUGGGCUCCUGUUUGGCAUCGCAGCGUUUGUUGGCGCUUAUCAGAUGUCAAAAAAUGACAAAGAUAUCUGGGUUUCGAUGGGCACCUCUGGAUCACUGACUGCUGUAAUGGGAGCGAGAUUUCUAAGUUCAUGGAAAUUUAUGCCAGCUGGACUCAUGACAGGGGCGAGUUUGUUGAUGUUCCUGAGGAUAGGUGUAAAAAUACUACAGACUUCACAAAAGAAGAAAAGAUGAAGGGCACAGCUACACUGAAAUUGUUUCACAAUAGUUUUUGGACUGGAACGAAUUAUUUCUAAUAAUGUGUAUGUCUGCUGAUUUUGAUAUGAUCGAAGUGCAUUUAUUUUUUCAUUUGUAUACAUUUAUAGAUUACAAACCUUGUUUUUUUCUGGCCAAUAAAUGCCUUCAAACAUG